AGCCUUGUCCUCAAGGCGACAUUUGCCCCACCGGCGCAACCGGGCGCCGGAUGCCUGAAUGAAGCUUUGACGGUCGGUCCUUUCUGCUGGCCCGACCAUCACCCCUUUUGGGCGCAGCCGGGCGCCAUGCUCAUUCUUGCGCUUCUGAGCCUUUUGCCUUCGGUCCACGGGCUGCUGUCUCCCGGGUGUGCGCCUGGCUGUGGCGAGCACGGCACCUGCAGGAGCGGCGUCUGCGAAUGCCACACCGGCUGGGCGGGCAAAGACUGCGGGGUCUUCCUGGAGGAGGUGCCGCAGGUGGAGCUGUCCCCCGCGGUGCUUGAGAUCCUCCAAGCGGCCGCGAGCACCCCAGGGCCGGCAGCAGUGGAAACUGCCCCAGCAGAAACUGCCCCAGCGGAGAAGUUUCAAGUGGAGAAGGAGCUCGGAACGACCGCCGGAGCCACGGCCGUGGGUGCGCUGAAGGUGGCCCGGGAGGCGGUGGCCGCCGUCGGCACGGCGGCCGCGCUGCUGCGAGGCAACGCCACCUCCUUGGUGCAGCGCCAGCCCUCCCCCGAGCCCACCACCACGUGCGAGGCAGACUGUAGCGGCCACGGCACCUGCAAAGAGAGCGGCUGCGUCUGUGGGGAGGGCUGGACGGGGAGCAUCUGCGACAUGCCCCUCUGCGAGAGCGACUGCAACCACAGGGGGAUGUGCAUCCACGGCAAGUGCAUUUGCGACGAGGGCUGGCACGGGUCCGGAUGCCAAAUCAAGCGCUGCCCCAACGAUUGCUCUGGCGCCGGCUAUUGCUUCCAUGGCGCUUGCAGGUGCCAGGCGGGCUUCGGCGGGCCGAACUGCUCCGAGGCAGUACCGGAGCGAGGCUCCCUGGUGGUGAAGCUGAAGCGCUCCCGCCCCGCGCAGCCGCGGCCCGGGAUGGACGGCUUCCAGGAGACCUCGAGCCUCCAUGAGUUAGAGGCGCCCAGCUGCCCGGAGAACUGCAAUGGUCGAGGCGCCUGCAGCCCCACCGGCAAGUGCCGCUGCGAGGCGGGCUACGGGGGCCCGGCCUGCGAGGCUGUGUGUCCCAACGCCUGCUCCGGCCAGGGCCGGUGCAUCGAAGGGGGCUGCCUGUGCUUCGCCGGGUUCAGCGGCGUGGAUUGCUCCGUGCAGGGCUGCUGCAAUGGCCAUGGCACCUGCGAGGUGCCGGGCACUUGCGAGUGCGAGGUUGGGUGGGGCGGCCCGGAAUGCUCUGUGGAGCUGCUCUGUGAAGACCCCAGCUGCUCGGGCCACGGCACCUGCCUGCAGGGCAACUGCAGCUGCCAGGAGGGCUGGGGCGGCCCGAGCUGCGGGGUGCCCACCGGCACCUGCGAGCCCAAGUGCCAGCACGGGCUCUGCGAUGCGGUGACCGGAAGCUGCGUGUGCGAGGAGGGGUACACAGGGGGCGACUGCUCCCUGGCCAUCGCCAGCUGCCCUCAGCACUGCAACUUCCAUGGCCUGUGCCUCAACGGCGUGUGCGCCUGCGGUGCCGGGUGGUCGGGCCCCGACUGCGGGCGCCGGUACUUUGCCCCGGGCCUCGUCACAGCCGACGGGGCGCCGGCGGAUGCGGGCGGGGAAGAUCGCUUCGGCUUCCUCGGGGGCGUGCGCGCGGACCGGGCGCUGGACGCGCAGCUGGGCCCCGAGCCGCGCAUCGGCCUGGACUUCAACCCGGCGCCGGCGCCAAGCGCAAGCGUGGGGUUGUCCCAGAUGCAGCCAGGCGCCAUGCCGGCAGGCGCUAUGCCACCCGCGGCUAUGCCGCAGGCGGGCCUCCAGCGCUUGGCAUUCAGUCUGGCGGCCAAGGGCAGGAUCUGCGGGGAGAACGGCGCCUGCUCGAAGCGCGGCACUUGCGACACCGGCACCGGGCGUUGCAGGUGCCAGGCCGGGUUCCAUGGCGAGGUCUGUGAGCACCAGCACUGCCCUGGCUUCCAAGAGUCCGGCCAGGAGGUGCCACGGCAACGGGCUGUGCCAAGAGGGCCGCUGCAGCUGCUCCGCGGGAUUCGGCGGAGAGGUGCCAGGCAGCGUGGGCUUGAUGAGCUGCCACCUGAAGAUCUGCCCCUUGGGCUGUGGCGCAGGGACCUGCGUGGAGGGUGCCUGCGUCUGCCCCGAGGGCUGGCAGGGGGAGACUUGCGAGGAGACCCCCACUGCGCUGGCGGCUGCGGGCACGGCAGCUGCGGCCACGCCUCCCCGGCCUUCCCAGGAGCUCUUGUGUGUGCGACGCGGGCUGGACUGGGGCCAGCUGCGACAUGGAGGUGGCUCCAGGCCUGCCGCGCCAUGUGGAAGUGAGCACCCUCCGCCUGGCGUGAGGGGAAGAACAAAAGCUGCGGGCAGCGGAG